GACCCUGAGUUUGGACAGUGCUGUCACAUGGAUAUAGAGUCUGGUUUGGCUUGGUUUCCGGCAUUUAGGACAAAUCCAGUCGUCGUGUUUAGAUGACACAGAACAUCCAGCCGUCCGUGACCACACACAUGGCACAUGACUGGCUCUCUGCUCACUCAGCCUGGGGCUCCACCAUGGUUCCAGAUGUGGAGGCCAUCAUCCACAGCAUCAACCGGGGGGACCAGGACGCCGUCCAGCUGCAUCUGCUCACCUACAACACCCAGUAUGCAGACUGUUUCUUCACUGAGUCCCAGCAGAGGAAGAAGCAACAAAAGCUGGAGCAGCUGCUUGUCUUGUCAUGACUCAGCACAAUUGCCCGUUCACCUUCACCUAGCUGUCAUCUGCUCGGCUAGAAGCAGACUGAGGAUAAAACCCAAUAAGAAUCGAUGGUUUGUUGAAGCAGCGGCCAGUGGAAUGUUUGUCCACACUUUGGUUUGUUGCCAGAGCGGGUCACAUGGCUGCCGCUGCCGAGACAUUGUCGAUUGGUGGAAGAGCAGCGCCCAGUUCUGUUAGGCAAGCCUGCAGUAGCUUCGCCUGGGUUUCGUUGGUCUCAUGGUCUCAGAAGAAGGAGCUGCUGUCACUCAAAUGUUUUACUUGUAAUAAUGCCUUUAGAGCUGAGGGCCGCAACUGGCCCCUUGGCCAGGCUCAACUGAGAGUCCUUCUCAGUCUCUGCCCCGAAACGCUCACAGUAAGUAGAGAAUGAUAGUAUAAACAAACGGAAGUCGAUACUCUUUGUUGUCGACGUUGAAGCACACGGUUGCAUUACUGAGUCGUGAACAAGUUCAGGAAAGUUUGUGAUGAAGUGGAGCUUGGUAGGUGGCGCUGUUGGUUUAGAAGGGACGUGAGACCAUUUCAAUGACACCCCACAUCAUGUGUGAAGCUCUGAGGACACUGUUUCAUGAAGCCUCACCAGCCCUGAGAAUGGACGACAAUAGUGACUCUCCUCUCUUGUGUGAACAGUUUCGUCAGAACAAAGUGAGACUCUCUGCUGACUCUGACUCCGACUCUGACCUGGAUGAACCUGAUCUUCUUCUCAGGCAGGUUGGGACCUCAGGAUCUUGGUUGGUCUUCAGUCACUGGUCUCCUCCUUCCUCUCUCCAGAGACUGGCCGCAGCCCUGCUGGGCUUCAUCAGUGGCCCCCUCCAGCCGCCUGUGCUGUACCUUUGUCUGCAGACGCUGCGCAUCCUCUCCCGGGACCACAGAGGGCUGCAGCCCCUGGUCAGCCAUGGCGCCUUGCUCACUCUGGCUCAGCUCGCCAACCUCAGCUGUCAUGGCGGCUUCGAACCAGCUUUGGAUUCCACAGACGGCCAGCGCUGGGGAAACGCUGGUCAUGUGACCCUGGCCACAGCACAGGACGGGGACGGGUGCAGGAGGGAGGCCAUCAAGGUCCUGUGCAACGUCAUCUACAACAGCCCUCAAGCACAGGAGACAGCCAGCGCCCUCAGGCUGCUGCACGCUGUGUGGCGGAGUGUGAGGCGGGGGAUGCGGAGUGUGGCGGCCUCUAGUGGACGAUUCUAUGAGCUGCGGCUCCUCUUUCUCCUGACAGCCCUGAGGCCUGAGCUCCGACUGCAGCUUCAGCAGGAGCGGGGGGUGUCGGUGCUCACCCAAGCCCUUGAGCAGAGCUUGGAGGUGAGGAGGAGAGAAGGCUUCGUUGUGGUCAGCGAGAGCUCGGGAGUUCGGCUCUCCAUGGAAGCAUCCCGGGAGGUCAUCGAGAUCCUGAAGACGCUCUUCAAUGUUUGCCACAAGUUAAGUCAAGAGGAGCCGGAUGAGGAAGACGCAGCUCAAUAUCGCCACCUGGCUGCUGUUCUGCGCCACUGCCUGCUGUGCUCGUGUGAAGAGGAGCACGUGCUGGAGGAAGUCCAGGGGCACGCGGCCAACGUCCUGUCGGUGCUGCCGCUCACGUGUCUGGACGUCCUGCUGUCGGGUCCUCAGAGAGCCACCCACCACUGGGAGGGCGUGGACAUGGACGCCGUCCACUCCCUGCUGCUGCUGAUGGAGCGGCGGCUCGGCACGGGUCAGAAGCUGAAGGAGAAGCUGACUCCUGUGCUGAACCUGCUGACCGAGAGCUGCAGGGUUCACCGGGAAACCCGGCGCUACUUACGACAACAGAUCCUCCCCCCGCUCAGGGACGUGUCCACCCGCCCAGAGCAGGACUGCUCGCUCCGAGGUCAGCUCGUGCGUCUCAUGACACACGUGGACACAGAUGUCAAGCACUGUGCCGCCGAGCUUCUGUUUGUGCUCUGCAAGGAGAACGUCAGCCGCUUUGUCAAAUACACGGGCUACGGGAACGCUGCGGGUCUGCUGGCCAUGCGAGGGCUGCUGCGAGGCGGGCGGACCUCAGGCCCGCGUCCCGCCCAGUACUCCAGCGACUCCGAUUCAGACACUGAGGAGUACAGAGAGGCCAAAUCCAGGAUUAACCUGGUGACCGGCCGCGUGGAAGCAGAACAACCUGAUCCGAUGGAAGGCAUGACGGAGGAGGAGAAGGAGGAGGAGGCGUGUCGUCUUAUGGCCAUGAUUGACAGGCUGUCACGGGUCCAGAUUAUUCAGCCCAUGAGUGUGACUGCAGAUGGAGGGCUGGCUCCGCUCUGGGCCGGCAGGGAGGAGGAGGAGGAGGGCAUGGUCCUGCUGACACAGGGCAGGAAGGACAGUGAGAUAGAGUAGAACAAGAUAAUGCUGACUGGUAAAUAUCCUGGGUUUAGUGCAGACACACCCUCUGUUCUCAGGACUGAUGUCGCGGCUCCAGUCUAGCGCUCGCCAGCGGCUGCUAAUCAUGGGUCAAAGGUCGAACCACAUCUGUGGAAGAUGGACUGAAAUAGUCAAGUUGAGUUUUGCUUUGUCAGCAAAUGUUUACAGUAAAACAGAAUAUUAAAUGCUUAUUUUUAGAUUCUUACAUUCACCUGCCAUGUUUGUAGUUUUCUUGUGUAGAAUAAUAAACUAAAUUGACCUUUGACCUCAGCGUCGUGACACAUGCCUCCCUUAACGCAAGGUCAUGUCCCAAACAGGUUGGUAAUGAAUCACCGCUAGUGAGUUCAGCGCGACGAGACUGUUUUUAUCCAAACCACUUCUCAAGUUAUCACGACCGAGUCUCGCUUCACAGACAAAUGACCUGCUCCUCAUUCUGUUUGCUUGGUGCUAUCGCGGUGCUAGCCACCUGAUGUCCAGGCUUCAGUGGCGAUAGCGGCUGUAUUGCUUUGGCCAUAAUAGACAGGCUGUGGAUGCUAAUCGGAUUCCUGAAUGCCGUUGUCUUACGAGGUCCGGGUUUAAUUAGGGAUUACGUUGGUCGUCAAAUCCCCCGAGACUUUAGUCCAGCAGCCUGGGCUCAGCAGUGGAGCCACACUCCUUUCCCGGCUGGAGAAAGACUCGGGUGUCUGAUGGAAGGUGUCGGGGAAACAUCCAGGGGGCGGUUUGAGGACGAGAGUGGGGAAGAGGGGGGCGACUUGGGUGAAGGAGGAGGUGACGACUGGAGCCGUGUCAUCUCUGACAUGACUGCCGCCGCCGCUGCCACUGGGCAGGACACGCUGGAGUGGAGAGCAGGGGAGCCGGUGACGCCGCAGCAGGUCCUGCAGCUGGACUGCUACACUCCAGAUCAGAGACCUGGGCAGUGGUGCGGUCAUCCUGGAUAUUAAAAAGCAUCGUCCCUUAGAGAUUCAGGAAGUGAUCGAUCUGGACCCCAGCAGGUUCAUCCAGUACCACUUCUCUCC